AUGGGGAUACAUGAACUAAACAAAGAAGGAAAAGAGGCUAGUUGCAGGACGAACACCAACUGCACCGAGCAUAUUUUAAGUAGUGCAGUAGAAGAAGAGGUGUACCAAGGCCUCCGCAAAAAAGAGGCAACAUCAACUGAGCGUAUCUGCUCCGCGGUAGAAAAUGCCAUUUCGCCCUGCAUUGCUACACAAAUAGUAAACGCGAGAAUCGUUCGUAGGAUGUGCAGAUUAUUUAAGGUUAAUAGGAAUCUACAAAAUAUUCAUUCGUUGGGAGUAUUUAAAAAUGUGAGAUGUGAAGCUAUGGCUGUAGGCGAUAAGGCAAAAGAUGACGUUAUUGAUCUAAUAGAACGUCAAAUGUGUCAAAAAACGGGUGAAGCAAGCAGUUGCAAGCAAGCAAAUAUAUACAAGCAGUUUCAGCUUUCAGCCGUUCUAUUUUAUGCCACUUUUUUUCUGACAACCAAAUUGAAUUAUUUCAACAGCAUAGUUCCCGUUAAAAUACCCACAAUAAUUUGCAGCAAUGAUCAAAGUGCAAAUGGCCACAGCAGUAUCUGUAUCUCAAAUUCCAACAUUCUGAGCAACAAAUGCUAUUACGAACAAAUAGUCAGUAGAAAUUGCUACGUUGCCAAAAAAGGAAAUGAUAGGUUGUUGCUUUCGGAUUUUCAGACUGUGAUUGGGGAAAAAUGGAUGGAUGGCCACAACUGUGGAAUUUUCGUCUACACGGUCAUGCUCAUGUUAGAUAAAAGCAAACCAAUUGAAAAAGAAUUUGAUCCAAUAAGACUUAGAAUAAACAUAUUUGAUGAUGUGAUUGCUAAUUCCGAUGACAUGAUAAAUGAAUGUUUAUUUUGUUGUAAUGAAAUCGCCGAUGAAUUGUUGAAAGAAAAUAAACGUACAAGAAGCCUAAGAAGACAAAAUGGAGAACAUUCCAGGAAAAACCGACUCUUUGACUUCGACGCUUUCCUAUUGCUACUCCAACGUGAACCAGAAAAAGUUACAGAUAUGAGUAGGAUAAAAAAAAUAUCCAACUCCGACUCCGACUUUUGCCCCCAUAAAAUUACGACUAAGGCCUUGGCCGCUUAG